AGAGGGGCUAGCAUCAGGAAAGGCUGUCUCCAUGCGUCCAAGAUCCCCAACAAAUGUUCAAAGCAUCUCCCCUCCCCGCGUUCCUGGGCCCGAGACCUUCAUGUUCUUCUUCGUUGAGAAUCGUCGGCGAGAUGGCCUCGCAAUACCCCGUGGCCGAAGAGCACCCAGCGGCCCCGAACAAGCCAACAACAGCAGCCCCUUGGGAUGACUCGAGACAGCUAGUAGAGCUAGAUGCCACAGCUUCGGCCACAGAACGGGAACAAGGGCCACACGGGCAACAAAGGUCUCUUUCGACACAGACCGCGAUGAGCCUACCGAUAGUGCCCCUAGAGCUGCCACAUGACCCCGAAUCACCUCCAAAGCCUGGCGAGAAAAAAGGAGGCGACAGUGAUAACCUAGGUGAAGAAGCGGCGGAGAACAACGACAGUGAUACUUCAUCAGAGUCGGAGGUCGCAGCAGAAGAUGAGCAUUGGGUCAUGAAAAACACCCCCCAAAAAACGGCUGCUGGCAUUCUCUAUGUGAAUGACGUGAGCUCCCUCGACGUCCUAAGGCAUUCGGUAGACUUCCAUAUAAUUGUCACGACCUCAGAAGCUCUGCCCAGUGGUCCGUUGGCUACAGAGAGCCCCUCCUGCCGAGAUCCCAACAAGGCUGCCGAGGAGGAUCCGGAUGCAUGUUUAGAUGGCACCAACAAGAUCGUGGACGGCGCUGGUGGCUCCGAAAAUGGCAAGUCCAAGAUCACAGACGAUGCCGAUGACUCUGAGAGUCGCGACGCCGACAUGGAAUCUUUCCUGCCCAUCCGACUUCGAAUCAAUAACUUCCCUCUAUUUUCGACGUUGCGCGACAUCGGCUACAAAAAGGGGUUCGGAGACUUCAAUUUCAAUCACACAGCACCAUUCCGGUCCAUCAUUCCCCACGAAAAGGAAAUCCGAUCGUGCUUGGAAGAAAAGGAAUGGCACUUUGCCGCGUUCCGAAGGCUUCAGCCGGAAUACGCGGCAAUCAUGGACAGAAUCCCAGUCCUGCUGGCGCCGAAGUUCACAAUACCCGUUCGGGGAAUGAAGCACAAAAAAACCAAACUACCUUCUUUGUGUCCUCCUAAAUAUACGGAUAGCGACUUCGCAGAUAUGCGGGCUAGGCUAGAGGGGCUGCGUUCUCUGGUCUACCUGCUAGAUCAUGAUCUCAAAGAUCUUGUCGACACCUACCGGCAACUGCAAGAGGGUCCGGUCGCCAGCCUCAAGCUCCCAUUUCUCUACCUUGGUUACCUUUACCGACCAGGCAUGGAAGUUGUGCGGUACAUGGAGGAGACCAAAAGCUAUCAAGCGUAUCGUGUGGCUCAGGUUACAGGCGGAAUAAGAACUUUCGUCGGCACCAAGGACAACGCGGCAGGGGAGGUCGUCAAGUCCUGGAAAAUAAGGGACUUGCGCCUUAUCUGUCACCGAUACGAGUUCGACGGAGAGCUGGCUCGGUGCAUCAAGCAUGUCCUUUGGGAACCCCCGUAUGAUGGGCGCAGAUUGGUGGCCGCGGUGGAUGAUUGGCAAGGUCAUAGUCUUAGAACGGUGCCCCUGUCAUACUGCUCAGCCGAACUGGAGAACCGCCUGGCUGAGCGCGGGAGAAAAUACACCCAGCUCUGCGGAGUCAACCACCGACGGUACCGUGGGCUGACUAUCCGGAGUAGUUUCACCCAAGGUGGACCAGACGCAGAAGAGGAAGAGGUUGACAGCGAUGUGAUAGUCGAUGUCAAAUCCGCGUACCGAAAUGCACAAGACCCACUCCUCCCUGCUGAACGUUACAGCUCGGCCAGUUGGGUUGUUGAGGAAGGGACAGAGAACGAGUUCGGAGAACCGUUCGAUGACGACGGGGCGAUGAGGGUUGACUGGUACUCGUACAUCAGCAUGCCUACAACCGCGAAGGGCCGGGCACUCCCCGCCAGAGAUAUCAUCAACAUCCUCCCUUGCGGAAUCUGGGGAUAUGUGCUCCUUCAGCGCAAGUGGCUCCUUCUACACGUUGACUUGAUAGAAGAUGUACCACAAGCCAAAGAAGGACUGAAGGAUGGAUUCGAAAGGCUCGUUCUUCCUGAUGGCCACAAGAACAUUGUGCGCGCACUGGUCAAAACACAUGCCCGCGUCGCUGGAAAACUUGAAGGAGGCAAAGACAGCAACGGCAAGCUGUUACAGCCAAAGACUAGACAGUUUGAUGUGGUAAGGGGUAAAGGGAAGGCACUGAUAAUGCUCCUUCACGGUGCACCGGGCGUUGGGAAGACUUCGACGGCAGAGUGCGUCGCCGCCAACGCCAACAGACCCCUUUUCCCCAUCACAUGCGGCGACCUCGGGAGCAGCUCGGCGCAGGAAGUGGAGAAGAACCUGGAGAAAUUCUUCGAGCUCGCGAGGAGGUGGUCGUGCGUGCUACUGCUGGACGAGGCCGACGUGUUUCUCAGCUCACGCCAGAAGGGCGACAUCAGGCAGAACUCUCUGGUGUCUGUCUUCUUGCGAGUACUCGAGUACUACAGCGGAAUCCUGAUUCUCACGACAAACCGCGUUGGGUCAUUCGAUGAGGCCGUUCGAUCUCGCAUCCACUGCGCGCUCUACUACCCGCCAUUGGACAAGAAGCAGACGCUGAAGGUGUGGGAGAUGAACUUGGAUCUUCUCCAGACGCGCAACGAGGGCGAGGGCGAGCUCAAAGUCGAUUUCGAUAGAGAAGAGAUCAUGAAGUUUGCUCGCCGACACUGGAGAAAAGGAGAGGACGAGCACAGAUGGAACGGGCGGCAGAUCAGGAACGCGUUCCAGACCGCCGUGGCGCUCGCCGCCUUUGAUGAGACCGAGGGGGAGGGGCAGGACCUCGGACCUCGGAUACAAACGGAGCACUUCGAAAAGGUCUGGAAGGCGAGCGACGAGUUCAACAAGUACCUCAUCGGCGUGCGCCGAUCGGAUCACUCCAGGGCGCUGGAGGACGAGGUGCGAGACGACGGCAUCGGAGGCCGGACUAUGAGCUGGCCGAUGGACAAGAAAGGGAAGAAGUCUGAGAAGAAGGCGGGCUCGACGUCACGGAGGCACGGGUCGUCGAGCAAGGGGAAGAGCAGCUCGUCCAAGGGAAAAGAUCAGGGCAAGGGCAAGUCUGGGGCCUCCAAAGCCAAGUCGAGGUCGAAGAAGAAGAGCGAGGAGUGCUCAUCUGAGGAAGAGUCUGAGGAUAGUGAAGACGACUCGGACGACGAAGAUUCCGGAUCCGGAGGCUCCAACGGGUCAACGGACGAUGAAUCGGGGUCCGGCUUAGAAGACGGUUCCGAAAAGGAGUCUUCGGAGGACGACGAGCCGCCGCCGGAGACAAGGAAGAAGAAGUCGCGGAAGAGCAAGACCAAAAAGUGAAGUGAGGAUUCAAGGUGCUCGAGGCAGGAUAUUGAGGGGUAACAAACGAGAAAUUGGGUAAAUUGCGCGGUAUUUACGAUCUCUUUUUAUCAUUUCCAAAAUCGAUAUUGGCUUGCUUACGUGAUGCCCAUCAGUGAUAAAGAAAAUUGCUGCAUCGACG